AUUCAUGUGGUGAAUGGGCAUUUGGCGGUCAGAAAUGUGAAGGUGCUCAGCAGGACAGCAGCAGCCAAUGCUUUCUCCAGACAUACUGAUGUGUCACGCGGAGUCAGAGGACAACAGAUGUGACAGAGGCUGUUCAUUAGGCGAGACUGUGGGAAUGUCCCGCUGGAAGAGUUCAAUUAGGCUUCAUUUACAGGUAGUAAAGUCAGGCAGAGACGAGGCUAAUUUGGGGACACAUUUCACUUAAAGUCCUUGGAGCUAUAUUCACCCCCUUCGUGUCACAUGUUCAGAGAGGUUUAAGUUUAAGCUCCUGAAUCAGAUGUGUUGUGCAGCCAAUCCCUGCUUUAACCCAUUCCCUCUCACACACCUGCCGACACAUUUCAUCCCGGCGCGUCUCAGUGUUUGAAGUGUCAAGGCAAUGUCUGGUCACAAGGAUAAAAUAUCAGCUAUUUUGAAUAAUUUUUUUUUCUCUGAACUGCGCCCUCAACAUCACCACACGCCCCACACCCAGCUUCUCGCCCUUCCUAUUUUCUUUCGGUUCUUCAGCAUUCCCCUCUCACUCCCACACGUCACUUACUGCUGAAUCACACUUUUAAUUCCCUCCUUCCCCCUCCUUAAAUUCAAACCGUGCGUCUCUCUCCGGCAUCAUUUCUCUUUGAUAUUUCCACCCCCUCCCCCUUGUUUCGUUGGGCCGCCUCCCCCCCAUUUCCUCCGGACUUUUAUUUCCCUCUUUCCCCCUGGUCUCCCUUUGGCAACCCCUUCCCCGUGGCUCUCUUGGCCCCGCCUUCCUUGAGUAAAAGUGAGGAGUUAGCCCAGACUGUCCUUAUAUGGAGUGGGAGUGACGGCAGCAGAGUGGAGGUGGGUCCUGCUAUAGGGAAGCCCACCUUACAUUGUUACUAUCCCCUGCCUGGAAUGUGCUGCCUGAGCUCUGCACUGCGGGGAAGGGAAGAGGAAACGACUUUGCUAAGGAACUUGCUCUGCUCCAUAUUCUGAUCAUCCCAUGGCACGGUAAGGAAUGCCACCAAGGCAGCUGUUUGGACUUAAUCCCAUGUGGAUACCGCUGUCUCCAUUAAAGUUUUGCGGCAGUUGCAUCACGGAUUGGCCCUCCAGCUGCUGAACAGCACCCGCCUCUCCUCGACAGCCCGUGAUUCGGUAUUAAGAAUAGCUGAUGUGUACUGGAAUGGUUUGGUACCGGGAAACAUUACUCUGCAUCUGGAUGUAGAAUUCUUGAAAGGUUAAAAUGGUGACUGGGUGUCUGCCAAGGUGUGCUUAUCAAGAAGAGAAAGGAUAAUUAUUGACUUGCCAAUAACAAACAAAUAUUAGAAAAAAAUAUAUACAGUAAGGACCAUCACUUUACUCUAGCCAUGGAACACACAAGCCGGCAUCUUCGCUUUAAGUUACAAAGUCUAAACCGUCGCCUGGAUGAUCUGGAAGAAGCUACAAGAAAUCUACAGAAAGCAGAAGAUGAAGUUUUGGAACUUCAGGACAAAAUUGUCCAAGUAGAAGGGAGCAACUCUAGCAUGUUGGCAGAUGUUGAUGCUUUGAGAAAAAGAGUUGUUAAAAUUGAAGGUAAAGACGAAGAGGUUAAAAAAGCAGAGGACUUGUGCAGGCUUGUCAGGGAAAAACUAGAAAAUGAAGAGAAUGUUACUCGAGAACUUAGAUCAGAAAUAGAAAUUCUCCAAAAAAAGAUGACCGAACUGGAGAAGCUGGAAGAAGCUUUUAGCAAGAGCAAAAAUGACUGCACCCAACUGUGUCUUGGUUUAAAUGAAGAAAAAAAUAUGUCUAAGAAAUUAACUUCUGAACUUGAAACCCUUAGGGCCAGAAUCAAAGAACUGGAAUCUUCUGAAAGCAAACUGGAUAAAGCCGAAGAAUUUUUGACUAGCGAAAUUGAAAAGAUUAGGUCUUUAGCUGUUGGGUUUGCUACUGAAAAAAAAUAUUUUCUGGAAAAGGAAAAGCAAAAUGAAAAAUUAAUUUUGGAGCUUAAACAGCAGUUGGAGUUAAAAGGUAAAAAAAAAAUUGGAGACCAGACCAGAAAUGAAUCAAAUGUUUUGGAACAGUCAUCUGAUCAAUUUGUGGAACAUAAAAUAAAAAUUGAAGAUAACCUUAUAUCUAAAUUGUCACAAGGAGUUGGUUUUGACUAUGUUAAAUCAAUGAAUCAAACAACUAGUGAAAAUGAGAGGAAUAAACAGCAAGAAGACAACAAAAUAAAAGAUUUGUGUCAAGAAAUUGAGAAACUUAAAAGUCAGAUAAAACAAUUUGAAGGAGUUGAGGAAGAGCUCAAACAGUUAAGAGAGAAAAAUGGAAAAUUGAAAGAAAUCUUCAUCAGUGAACGGAAUAAAGCCCGACAUUUGGAUGAUGAGCUACAGGCACUAAAAAGGCAAGGUCAGCAUAAUGAAGUAGAAAAUGGGGUUAUUAGUAGUGAUGAAAUAAGUUUACACAGUAAAUUGAAAAAUGAAAGAGCUAAUAAAUCAAAAGGAGUAACACCUGAACUUCCUGUAUCAAAAUACACUCAGAGAGACUUGUCUCCAAAGCAACUGAGAAAAGAGAGGCAUCGUGACCUGGAUGUAGAUAUUUAUUCUAAGAGACAUUUAUCAAGCACAAAUAGCAAGAGACCUUUAAAACCUGCUUUAUCUGACAUGACUAUAAGCCAUUCAAGGAAAUCAGAAGAUAGACUUUCUUCCAAUGUAUCUGCUGCUAAAGAGAUUGGAGCUCUACAUGAAAUAAAGAAGGCUAAAGAUCAGCCAUCUGUAUUAAGUCGGUAUCCACCAGCUGCCCAAGAACAUAACCAAAAAACAUGGAAAACAUCAACAGGAAAUAAAGACCUAUCCACAAAACAAUUUGGAGAAGACUAUUCUAUUAAAUUUGUUCCUGUUGUUGACAACACAAGGAAAGAGAGCGCAUCUGAAGAAGAUGAAGAUUUAAAUGAGACUCCUGGUGCCAAACUCAAUGCAAAUCUUCAUGAAGAAAUGCAGUCGGAUGAAAACUCUUCAUCUGCAUUGCAUUCAGAACCAGUUACUUCUGGGUUAGAGGCGACAUCUCCAGAUAAAUAUACUGCAAAGAUGGUGGAAAUCCAAACUAAAACUGCUCUUAAUUCAGACACCAAUGAAAUAAAGGAGACCAUAUCUCAGGAUAGACCUUCCAGAUAUUCGCGUCUUAAAUCAAGAAUGGAUAGCACCACAAAUUCUUCAGAUACUGCUCAAUCCACCAAGCAACUACCAAGUAAAGAUGAAAAAGACUUACUUGGCAAUCAAAACUUAAAUUCAACUAGAGUGUCAUAUAACAGAGAAAGACAAAGACCGUUGUCAUCUUUAAAGCCACAAAUUCCUGAAAAACCUCAUAUUUCAGAAUCUACUGAAAAUAAAGAAUGGGACAAAAGAAAUGUAACUUCAAGAAUUCAGAACAGAAGACCGUCAAAUCCUAAAGAAAAAACACCCUUACUAGAGCACAGGAUUUCCCAGUAUGGUAUGGACAGUCAGCAUCAACAAGAUUCAUUUUCUGAAAUAUCCAGGAGAACAUCUUCUGAUAAUUCAGAAAACAUGGAUAAACCUUCCCGAAUAGAAAUCAGGGCAAGAUCAUAUAGCCCAAGAGAAGCUUUGCAAUCCACAGUGAUAAUUAAGCCAGUUAUUGUUGAAAAAGACAGAAAAGAAAGUAUGGGUGAAUACAGAGCAAGAUCCAGUGGAGAACAUGGUACAUCACAAGAAAACACAACAACAAAUAAAGUGACAAGUAGUAUAACAUUUUUUCCAACUGAAUCACCUUCCUCUCGAUCUAACACAGAUGAGAUCAUAAAACAAAGACAUACUUCUACUAGUAAUAUUCGGCUAUCUGCCAAUGACCAACCUUUGUCAAAUAACAUAAGUAUUCCAUAUGUAUUCGAUAUGUUAAAAUUGGUGGAUACAAAAGAUGACUUGAAUCAUAAGGAGAACAGCAAGGCCUUUGACUCCGGCAAUCUCAAAGAGCAAAUGAAAAACAAUAAUAAUAGUGUUGGCCUAGAAAGUGUUUUGUUGAAUAGUCAGGAAAUUGAAGGGAAUCAUUUGGAUAAUAAAAGUGUAAAGGGUAGAUGUUCUUAUGGACGCAAUGUGUUUGGAUCCACUGAAGAACUAGAUAUUCUGUCUAAUCACAAAGAUGUGUCAAUGGAUACUAAGCACAGGCGGAGGUCUGCUUUCGAGGAUGAGAGACCUGGAAAACUUCGUGCGCGGGAAAUAUAUUCAAAGAACAGGAAUUCUUUUGAAAACAGUUGCACAGUCAAUGACAUUGUUCCAAAAAGGAGCUUCUCUGCAAUGGAGAAUACAGCAAGAAGACAUCCAGUUAAUGAAUCUGGCUUUUCUUCUGGACCCGCUUCCUGGAAUCGCCUAAGCACAGAGAGUGAAUACAGUUAUAGCUCUAGGAGAAAGGCGAACAAUCAUGAAAAACUUUCAAAAGUCGACGCUUCUGGGAAUAAAUCUCGGCAGCAUCAGACAAGUAUGGUGGAAGAGCGGAUACGGCGGUUAGAGCAAUAAUCCAUAGGGAAAUACAAGAAUAAGAAGGGUUUUUGUACCUGACACCUCCAGAGAUGCACACUCCAUUUAAAAGCAGAAGAAUGCUGCUCAAUUGACAAUGUAUCCCCACAUUCUUUCUUCCAAGCAUUGUAUGGACUGUAACCAUCUUGUAUAUUUUGUAAAUCUAUAUUCCUUUGCUUAGCAACAUAUUUUCAAGGGAUGCAACUGCAUGAUCUCUCAGGGUAACAAGAAAGGCACAGAUAUUGUAACUGUAUAUAAUAGUUUCAGAGAAUGGCAUUUGGGUCAGUGAGAGAGUUUUUUUUCCAUAUGCAGAAGAAAAAAAAAUGGUUUGCAUGGCUACUGCUCUAAAACUAAUUCGGCAUUAAAAGUUAAUUUUUUUCCCCUUUACCCCCAUAUAUUUUAAAUCCAUUUUAACUUAUAAAGAAUGCUGGGGGCAGUUCUCUGUACAGGGUAGGUUCUCUUUAACCAUUCUGCGCAUGCACCAUUGUAUAGAUCAGAAAUGUUUCUUGCAGUUCAUUAUUUUAUGUGUGUAUAUAGGUGCAAAAAGUGAGUUCAUUGUGUACAGCAGCAUUUUGUUUCUCCUUUCAAACCAUCCCUCACUUUGGUAUUUUAAACAAAAUCUUUUUUAAUGAAAAUCAGAAAUGUAUACAAGACUACUGAAUAAAAUAUACCUGUUUUCUGUA